CGGAAAUUCCUCAACCUCAAAGCGCCGACACCCGCUCCACGCCGUCCACCCGCACCCAAAAAGCAACGAUGAGCUUGCGCCAAGCAGUUCCUCCCCAGCAGCACGGGGAACCCCCCGUCCGCGUCCACGACGAUGAUUCCGAUGUCGAGGAGGAGGCGCUCGCCAACGACUACAAGGAGCAGGUUCAGUACGACGAUGGCAUGGAUGGCUUGAACCGGACCUCGUCGCUGGACGGCGCCGACAUCCACGCCCAGCUCGCCGCUGCCGCGACGCCGCUCGAGUUCCAGGCGACUCUGGAGACCAAGUUCGCCAGCUACGACAACUACUGCAGUCUCUUUCACUACAUCCUCAACUCGGACGGCCCCGUCGAUCUCGAGGUCCCCAACUACUACUGGGCGUGGGACGUCAUUGACGAGUUCAUCUACCAAUUCAACAGCUUCUGCAGCUACAGGCAGCGCGUGGCGCUCAAGGGCGACAACGAGGAGGAGAUCCAGCUGCUUCGCGAGAACCCGAACACCUGGGGAUGCUACAGUGUGCUCAACGUCCUCUAUUCCCUGAUCCAGCGCUCGCAGAUCAGCGAGCAGCUGGCCGCCAUGAAGCGCGGCGAGGACCCGGCCCAAUAUGCCGGCGAGUACGGCAACCGCCCGCUGUACAAGAUGCUGGGUUACUUCUCCAUCAUCGGUCUCCUGCGCGUCCACUGUCUGCUGGGUGACUUCAGCCUGGCCCUCAAGACGCUCGACGACAUCGAGCUCAACAAGAAGGCCAUGUUUGCGCGCGUCAUGGCCGCUCACUUCACCACCUACUACUACGUCGGUUUCUCCUACAUGAUGAUGCGCCGCUACGCCGAUGCCAUCCGCAUGUUCAGCCACAUUCUCGUCUACGUUUCCCGCACGAAGAACUUCCAGAAGAACGCGCAGUACGACUCCAUUACCAAGAAGAACGACCAGAUGUACGCUCUCAUUGCCAUCUGCGUUGCCUUCCAUCCCACCAGGCUGGAUGACACCAUCCACACGGCUCUCCGCGAGAAGUACGGCGAGCAGUUCAACCGCCUCCAGCGCGGUGGCCCCGAGGCCCUGCCCCUCUUCGAGGAGCUCUUCCGCCAGGCCUGCCCCAAGUUCAUCUCCCCCACCCCGCCCGACUUCGACAACCCGGAGAUCAACAUUGACCCGAUUGAGCACCACUGCCGCAUCUUCAUGGAGGAGGUCAAGAACAACAUGUGGAGCCCCACGGUCAAGAGCUACCUCAAGCUCUACACCACCAUGGACCUCAAGAAGCUGGCCGGCUUCCUGGACGUUGAGCCCGAGAAGCUGAGGUGCUGGCUCCUGAUCAACAAGCAGAGGAGCAAGCAGGUCAGGUGGACCGAGGGUGGUCUGCUCGACGGUGACGUUGUCAACAGCAGCGACCUCGACUACGCCAUGCAGGGUGACCUCAUCCACGUCUCCGAGGCGAAGGUUGGCCGUAGGCUGGUAGACUGGUACCUCCGCAACCUGUCCAGGACCUACUAAAGCGCUGGAAAGCAGCCAUGAGAGAGACUUGCGCAAUUGGGGAGGAAACACUCGAACGAGAGAAGCGGUGCCUGGCAUAUACGAAGAUUGACCGGAGCUGGUUCGCCCGGGUAAUUCGCUCGGCCUUUGAUUUAGCGCGUGAGGCGCGACCGGGUAUCUACGCGGGUCACUGGAAUGCAUGGGCCGGAGUUUUUUGAUGUUCACGGACACGAAAGGUCGGCAAGGGGUCGGCAAGAGACGAUGUUAUAUGGAGAAAACACGAAUGAGAGGAGCGAGAAGCGGGGUAACUUGCAAGAUAGAGUCACGCUCUCCACGGGAGACCGACGACGAUGUUCAAGAAAAUGCGAUGCUUCAUUUUUAGAGAGAAAAUGCGGACGUAGUUAUGUAGCUAG